GCGGCCUUAGGUUUCGAUCAAUUUGUCGCGAAGCUCACUCGCUUCGACCUCAUAUAUUUUCGACAGGAAGCCCUUUUGGUGCUUUAUUUAGUGGAUUUUCACAGCUCGAAAACAUUAGGGUCAGGGGAUUCGUCCGCACGGUUGGCUUUUUUGGGGGAAAAUAUUUCUAGGGUUUGAUUAAUGGAUUCUGUGCUCCAUGAGUCUGAAUUGACGUAAAAUUUGGUUGAAUUUGUUAUACAGCAAAUACAUCAUUUAGAGGACUGUAUAAAUUAAGUUGAUUUGCUUGGAAGGUAUUUCUCGAAAAUCAGUUAUAUAUUCGCGGGUUGAAUGUUCGGGUCGAACAUGGACUCUGUGCAGGACGCCUCCUUGGUUCCGGCCACGGUGCUGGUCCCAACGCGCUUCGUAUGGAGACAUGGGGGGAACAGCGUGUAUCUAUGUGGCUCUUUCACACAGUGGUCGCUCAUACCAAUGUUGCCUGUGGAGGGUUGCGACAAUGUGUUUCAAACUGUACAUGGCUUAACGCCGGGAUAUCAUCAGUUCAAGUUUUAUGUUGAUGGUCAAUGGCGAUAUGAUGAUUCCCUACCUUAUUAUGAGAGUAGCGAAUAUGGUAUGGUGAAUACACUGAUUUCGGCUACGGAUUACAUGGAUGUUGAUAAUGAAGCCUUUCGGCGUAUGGCCCGAGUUACAGAUGGUCCGCAGACUGAGAUGGUGCCUAGUAUAUCAGAUGCUGAUAUACAGGGCUCACGUCAACGUGUUUCUUUAUUUUUGUCUACUCAUACUGUCUACGAGUUACUUCCUGAGUCAGGCAAGGUUUUUGUCUUCGAUGUUGAUUUACCCAUGAAGCAAGCAUUUCAUAUAUUGCAUGAACAGGGGAUCCCGAUGGCUGCUCUUUGCGAUUUCGGCAGGGGCCAGUUUGUUGGAGUUCUUAGUGCAUUGGAUUUUAUUUUGAUAUUAAGAGAGCUUGGGAGUCAUGCAUCAAAUCUGACAGAGGAAGAGCUUGAAACACAUACUAUAUCUGCUUGGAAAGAGGUAAAAGCAUGUCUGAACAGACAAAAUGAUUUUCAAGGGAGAGCAUUUCCGAGACGUCUUAUCCAUGCUGGUCCAUAUGAUAAUUUGAAAGAUGUUACUCUCAAGAUUCUGCAAAAUGAGGUGGCCACUGUUCCUAUUAUCCAUUCAUCUUCUGAAGAUGGAUCAUUUCCACAGUUAUUGCAUCUUGCUUCACUUUCUGGAAUUCUAAAAUGUAUUUGUCGAUAUUUUAGACAUUGUGCGAGUUCAUUACCCAUACUCCAACUGCCAAUUUGUGCAAUUCCUUUGGGUACAUGGGCUCCACAAAUUGGAGAAACAAAUCAGCGGCCGUUAGCAAUGUUGAGACCUAGUGCUUCUCUCAGUUCAGCAUUAAGUCUUUUAGUUCAAGCUCAAGUCAGUUCAAUACCAAUAGUUGAUGACAAUGACUCAUUAGUUGAUAUAUAUUGCCGCAGUGAUAUAACAGCUUUGGCUAAAGACAGAGUUUAUACACAUAUUAAUCUUGAUGAGAUGACAAUUCAUCAGGCAUUGCGAUUGGGACAAGACUUGUACUCCCCUGAGCUGAGAAGUCAAAGAUGUCAGAUGUGCUUACGAUCUGAUUCGCUGCAUAAAGUGAUGGAGCGAUUGGCGAAUCCAGGUGUAAGAAGGCUUGUUAUUGUGGAGGCCGGCAGCAAGCGCGUGGAAGGCAUUGUUGCACUCAGUGACAUUUUCAAGUUCUUGCUUGGCUAAUUCAAAGCAAGGACCAAAUAACGUGGAUGGGUUUGUGCAGUCUUUUAGGCAUCCAGAUGUUUGUGGGCACCAUCAGCAGCUCAACUGUUCCAUAGGGACUCCAUUCGUUUACACGAUGAAUGGAUAUUGUUUCAAUGAUAUAUAUAUAUAUAUAUAUAUAUAUAUAUAUAUAUAUAUUGGAUUGGCAAUUGGAUUGGCCUCUUGCUUCAACGCCUGUUUUUUAGGAUUUUAGGCUAAAGAAAGGGGCUGUAAAUUUGAGAGGAGUCGAUUGUCUCCCAAAUUUGUUCGUCUGUUCCCCCAUUGUCCAUAUUUACAUCAAGCCGCUACUUCUCGAUGCCUUUUCGGCACUUGUAAUGUUUCAAAAGUUGCAAUGAAGAAAGUGCAUAAAAGAGACAAAGGAGAAUGGAUGGCUAAACGAUUUUA